ACACUGAGGGAGAGAGAGAGAGCAAGACAGGACUGAGAAAGCACUCUCAGAGAUGAAAUUUUAGGAGAGCAAAAUGAUCGACCUUUUUAAGGCUGAGUGGGUUUCUUCGGUUUGCGUGCAAGUUUCAAGAAAUGAAAGAACUGACCAGAGCAAGCUAAAAAGGCUACAGGGGCAUUUAUGCCAAGUCGCAUUUGUCAAGUUGAAAGCUGUGUGGAGCAGAAAAGCACUUCUCCCAGCUGCAAAGAAGAUGCAAAGGAGCCGAGUUCCUCAAGAUGAAUGGACAGGGUACACCCCAAGAAGUAAAGAUGAUGAAAUCCCAUGCCGAAGAAUGCGGAGCGGCAGUUACAUCAAGGCCAUGGGAGAUGAAGACAGCGGCGACUCGGACACAAGUCCCAAGCCUUCUCCCAAAGUUGCUGCGCGAAGAGAAAGCUAUCUCAAGGCUACUCAGCCAUCCCUUACAGAACUCACCACACUCAAGAUUUCCAAUGAACACUCCCCCAAACUCCAAAUCCGGAGUCACAGUUACCUGAGGGCAGUCAGUGAAGUCUCCAUUAACCGAAGCCUGGACAGCCUUGACCCUGCAGGCCUGCUCACAUCACCAAAGUUCCGCUCCAGGAAUGAGAGCUACAUGCGAGCUAUGAGCACCAUCAGCCAGGUGAGCGAGAUGGAGGUGAACGGGCAGUUCGAGUCGGUAUGCGAAUCCGUGUUCAGCGAGCUGGAGUCGCAGGCGGUGGAGGCGCUGGACCUGCCGGUGCCCGGCUGCUUCCGCGUGCGGAGCCACAGCUACGUGCGGGCCAUUGAGAAGGGCUGCUCCCAGGACGACGAGUGCGUGUCGCUGCGGUCCUCCUCCCCGCCGCGCACCACCACCACCGUGAGGACCAUCCAGAGCAGCACGGUGUCAUCUUGCAUUACAACAUAUAAGAAGACACCACCUCCAGUCCCACCCAGAACUACCACGAAACCUUUCAUUUCUAUCACAGCCCAGAGUAGCACAGAGUCUGCCCAGGAUGCCUACAUGGACGGCCAGGGCCAGCGAGGAGAUAUUAUCAGCCAGUCUGGACUGAGCAACUCCACCGAGAGCCUGGACAGUAUGAAGGCUCUGACGGCCGCCAUCGAAGCCGCAAACGCCCAGAUCCACGGCCCAGCAAGUCAACACGUGGGCAACAGCCCAGCCACUGUCACCACCACGACCACCAUAGCCACUGUCACCACGGAGGACAGGAAGAAAGAGCACUUUAAGAAAAAUCGAUGCCUGUCUGUUGGGAUACAGGUGGAUGACGCAGAAGAGCCUGACAAAACGGGGGAAAAUAAAGCACCCAGUAAGUUCCAGUCCGUAGGAGUGCAAGUAGAAGAAGAGAAAUGCUUCCGCAGAUUCACUCGAUCCAACAGUGUGACGACCGCAGUGCAGGCCGACCUGGACUUCCAUGAUAAUUUGGAAAACUCUCUGGAGUCUAUAGAGGACAAUUCGUGCCUGGGCCCCAUGGCCAGACAGUUCUCCCGGGAUGCCAGCACCUCCACAGUCAGCAUUCAGGGCUCAGGAAACCACUACCACGCCUGUGCGGCUGACGACGACUUCGACGUGGAUUUCGACCCUUCCAUUCUGCCUCCCCCAGACCCCUGGAUUGACUCCAUCACUGAAGACCCCAUGGAGGCCGUCCAAAGGUCAGUGUGCCAUCGCGACGGCCACUGGUUCCUGAAGCUUCUCCAGGCAGAGCGAGACCGCAUGGAAGGCUGGUGCCAGCAGAUGGAGAGGGAGGAGCGGGAGAACAGCCUGCCGGAGGACAUUCUAGGGAAGAUCCGAACGGCAGUGGGCAGUGCCCAACUUCUUAUGGCCCAGAAAUUCUACCAGUUCAGAGAACUGUGUGAAGAAAACCUGAAUCCCAAUGCUCAUCCAAGGCCCACCUCCCAGGAUCUGGCGGGCUUCUGGGACAUGCUGCAGUUGUCCAUAGAAAAUAUUAGUAUGAAAUUUGAUGAACUUCAUCAGUUAAAGGCCAAUAAUUGGAAACAGAUGGAUCCUCUUGACAAGAAGGUAGAACAAUGUAGAUUUUGUAUGGUUCAUUUAAAAACCUGCACAAACACUGGACAGUCUAAAUAGGCUUCUGCAUUCAGUCUUGCUGUUUACAAUGUGAAAUGAAGCUGAUAUCAUAUUAACUUCAUUGUAAUGACAAUGUUUACAUAGUACUCAUUUGAGAUAUUAUCUGUAAUAUGUUUCAGGCAUAUUUUUUAAAAGAAACCUGUCUUUGUGAAUUGGAAAAUGGGAAUGUGGCUUUUUUUUUGUUAAUUAAACUUUAAGUUAAACCAUUUUAGUCACCGGAAGGAAUUGCCUCCAUUUUGCUUUUUAAACUAAAAUAAAUGACAUCUUCAGUGCAUGGUUACAUAGAGCAAGAGUUCAACUUCCUCGCACCCCUAGGAUGUGUUUCUGAGAAAAAUAGGAAGCCCUAGAAACUAAUUGACAUUGAUAAUCAUUUCAUAAAUAUAGUAAUAAAGAAACCACUGUUGUUCAAAUUUAAAGAUAUAUACCAUAAAGUUUCACAGUAAUCAUAAAUGUUGGGUUUUUUUUUUUUUAAGAGUUUUACUUGGGGUUGAUUUGCCUUGGGAAAUAUUGCUCACUGGGUUCCUCAUGCAACAGUUCAGAAAUACUCAAAUUCUUUUCCUUUAAUUAAUAAACUGCAAUUUUCACAAUUGAUUAUUGUGGUUCCAUCAGGGUCACACAGAUUCCCAAUGUGCACCUCCCUAGGCUAGCCUAUCGUGCAUGCUUUUUUUUAACUGAGGUCAAAUGUUUCCAAGAGAUUUAACUUCGAAAAAUUAGGCCUGGCUAUUCCCAUGAAGCAUGGGUGGCAAGAGCCACCACAGUCCAGUGCAUUCUGCUGUUCCUCAUCAGAGUAGCAGGGGUACAUGGGGUCCGGGGGCUGCCAGGGGAAAUCCGGUCCCAAGGCACAGUGGGUAAUCGACAGGAGGGCUAUCAUCAUUGUCCCUCAUCUCCAAUGCUGUCACCAUCAACGAGGCCAUUUUAGUGUUUAGCAUGAAAGUACCAUUGAUGUAUGAGGGGCCUCCCACUUGGAAAGCCAAAUGUUUGCACUCAGUCUAGUUUUCUUUAAUCUGUGUUUAAAACUGUCUGCUAAACAAGCUUUUAAAUUGAUCUUAUUUUUAAAAAAGCAUUACAGAUGGGCAUGCAUACCGGUAAUUUAGUCUCUAGAGCUGAUCCAUCUCGUUUCUCAUUCACAGAUUUUUAAAAAGUAUGAUUAUUUUAAAAAGUAUGAGGGAAGGAAGAUAAGAUUAAAAAGGUUCCAAUAUUGAGACUUUUAAAAAUAUCAACAAGUUACCCAACAAUGAAGAUUUAGAAUGUCCAAAAGUUGUGGUGCUAAGAAUUGGUAUAUGUAACCUAUUUUGACAGUUACACAGUAAGCCAUUCAUUAACUUGAUUUCUAAAUUUUUAUACACUUUGUCUAUGAUCAGAGCCUUUCAUCAUCCCAUCAAUUUGGAGGGCAAAAAUGAACAAGCACAGUCAUUGGCGGAGUACUGUUUGCGCUCCGAGCUUCCCAUUCCUGUCCACACAGACGCCACCGUAAACAGCCUGCAGGCAGCUCCAAUGUGAUGAGUGUAACCAGGCAAGCAAGGAAGAACUGCUAUGGUGAACAUAAAUGUUAAGACACAAAGACUGCCCUUUGGAGAAUCACAAAGUCCAUAUUUCAUAAUUUUCACAUUUAGUUUUAUGAAAACUGAACAUAUUUUAUUACAAAUGAAAACAACAGAUUCACGUGGACCUUUUCGCAGAUGGAAAGCUCACAUCCUUUUCCUCGUGUGGUUUAGACGCCCUUCUUUCCCACUGCACUUUUUUUUUCCAGCCCAAGUUAUUGACAGCUUUUGUUUUUGCGGUGGCAUUGAAAACAUCCGACUGUCUUAUAGUUGGCUGCUGAGAAGGGGAAUGACCUCUUUUAGCCUGAGUUAAAGUUUCAUGGCACCGUGUAUGUCCCUAUGAUUGGAAUUGCCUUCCAGGCUACCACACUCACCCUGAGGUCCCUAAGGAGUGAUGUUUUAGGAGCCAUCUUGGGACGGAUGCACCCCAGUGUAGGAACUCUCAGUGUCCC